CCUCGCGCACCCGGAGAGGAGCCGCAGUGCGCCUCGCCGGGGCGCCCCUAGCCUCUCCCGGACCGCGAGCGCCCCAGCCGCAGUUGCCCAGCGUCCCCUUCCCGCCCGCGAGGACCGAGCCCCAGGAGGAGCCGAGGCCCGGAGCGGCUGACCGCAGCGGAGGUGGUGGCCCCGGGGCGCCCGGGGUUCCGCGCCCUCCCGAGGGGGCGCAGCAGGAGGCACGGAAGAAGAAGGCCCCCCGCGAAGAUGCUGCAGCCCUGGGCUAUGGCGCUCCCACUUCUGCUCUCCUGGGUGGCAGGUGGAGUAGGGAAGGCAGCCAGUCCAAGGGAUCACGAGUUGUUGGCAUCAUCACUCCAGCCUGGUGUCUGUCGCUAUGGAACCAUACUGGCCUGCUGCUAUGGCUGGAGAAGGAGCAGCAAGGGAGUCUGUGAAGCUAUGUGUGAACCUGGAUGCAAGUUCGGCGAGUGUGUGGGGCCAAACAAAUGUAGAUGCUUUCCAGGAUACACCGGGAAAACCUGCAGUCAAGAUGUGAAUGAGUGUGGAUUCAAACCCCGGCCAUGCCAACACAGAUGUGUGAAUACACAUGGUAGCUACAAGUGCUUUUGCCCCAGCGGCCACAUGCUCCUGCCGGACGCCACAUGUUCCAACUCUAGGACGUGUGCCAUGACCAACUGCCAGUAUGGCUGUAAAGACACAGAAGAGGGGCCGCGCUGUCUGUGUCCCUCCCCGGGCCUCCGCUUGGCCCCCAAUGGAAGAGCUUGUCUAGACAUUGAUGAAUGUGCCUCUGAUAAAGCCUUCUGCCCCUACAAUCGAAGAUGUGUGAACACAUUUGGAAGCUACUAUUGCAAAUGUCAUGUUGGUUUUGAACUGAAAUAUAUCAGUGGCUGGUACGACUGUGUAGAUAUAAAUGAAUGCGCUGCGAAUACCCACACAUGCAGCCUCCAUGCCAAUUGCCUCAAUACCCAGGGAUCCUUCAAGUGCAAGUGCAAACAAGGGUAUAAAGGCAGCGGACUGCAGUGUGCCCUUAUCCCCGAAAAUUCUGUGAAAGAAUUCCUCAGAGCACCCGGUACCAUCAAGGACAGAAUUAAGAAGUUGCUUGCUCACAAGAAUAGCAUGAGAAAGAAGGUAAAAAUGAAAACCAUUGAAGGAUCCAGAGGGACUCCCACCCCAAAGGUUGACUUGGAGUCCUUCAGUUCUGAAGACAAUGUUUCCAGAGUUGGGAACCCUCAUGGAGAAAAAAAGAGGAAUGAACACAGAAAGAAAGAAAGACUGGAGGAUGAGAAAAGAGAUGAGAACCAUGUGGAGCAGGAGCAAAGCCUUCGUGGAGAUGUGUUUUCCCCUAAGGUGAAUGAAGCGGGUGAAGUUGAUCUGGUUCUGGUCCAAAGAAAAACUAUAUCAUCCCACCUGAAACACAAAGCAGAUUUAAAUAUCUCAGUUGACUGCACCUUUGACCACGGCAUCUGUGACUGGAAACAGGACGUAGAAGAUGAUUUCGACUGGAAUCCUGCAGACCGAGAUAAUGCUGUUGGCUACUAUAUGGCUGUUUCAGCCCUGACAGGUCAGAAGAAGGACAUCGGCCGUUUGAAACUUCUCCUCCCCAACCUGCAACCCCACAGCAACUUCUGUUUGCUCUUUCAUUACCGGCUGGCUGGAAACAAAGUAGGGAAGCUUAGAGUGUUUGCAAAAAAUAGUAACAGCGCCCUGGCCUGGGAGAAAACCAGGAGCACCGACGACGAACGCUGGAAGAUGGGGAAAAUUCAGCUGUAUCAUGGAAUUGAUACUCCCAAAAGCAUCAUUUUUGAAGCUGAACGUGGCAAGGGCAAGACUGGAGAAAUUGCAGUGGACGGUGUCUUGCUGGUUUCAGGCUUAUGUCCAGAUGGCCUUUUAUCUGUGGAUGGUUGAAUGUUACUGUUAUCUUUUAUAUCUUUAUAUUUGACUUUUUAUGUCAGUUCUCUGUUUUUUUAUAAUAUAUCAUAGAUUCCCCCCCACCAUUUUAGAAAUACAGACUGAAAAAUUGUGGUGUACAAACAGACUCAUUAUUGUAAGAUGCCUUUCUUGUAUACAAUAUACUGAUAUUUGCUUUAAAUAUAGUACCAUUGUACUUCUCAUUCAUUGUAUCUUCUCAUUCAUUUCUGAGUCUAUAAAAUUUGGAUGUAUCAGUUCAGCCCUCCCCACCCCAGUACAUUUGAUGUGUCUACAUGACUUGAUGAACCAUUUUAUGUGAUGUUUCUAGAAUUAUAAAAAAAAAAAAAGGCAGCACAGAGAAAUGUUUAACUGUUUGACUUUUAUGGCACUUCUUAGAAA